UUAUGUACAAACAUGUGAUUUUUUUUUGAGUUUAGAUGUUCGCUCUAUUCGUAAAGUUAGCGGUUGUGUUAGCGUUGCUGUAUUUGCAGAACAUACUGACGGUGGACAACAGCUCAACGGAGGAGGCCGACGAAAAGGCCCUCUGGCUAUGGGAGACGGUGAAGUUUAUGGAAACCAUCAUAGACGAAUACCGUGGCUCGUUUGGAACGCAAUGCAUUAAUGGCCUUAAUAUUCUUUACGCAAACUUGACGCUUGUCAAUGUGGUCGUUUUUAUUUUCAAAUACGUACCGACAUCGUUGUUUAUGUAUAGAUACAUGAAGAAUUAUUAUCUAUCGAAAAGAGAGCAUUUACAACGAAAACAACAAGAGUUUGAGGACAUUAAACUACAGGUGAAAGUAGCAACAACAAAGUUGAGCGUGCGCGAGGCAGAACACAAGGAGAGGUCGGAGGAGCUGCGGCGCGGAUUGCAGCGACUACGCGGAGUACGAGCGCGCGUGCGUCAGGCGCUCGCAGACGACGACGACCUACGCCGCGCUGCCGAAUCCAACGCACUCGCAGCAGACAUUGAUACACAACACGCGCAAAACAACCCCGAACAAGAACAAAAAAUUCUAAUCGAAUUAAUGAAGGAUUUAAAGAUAGAACGAACAAAGUUAUCGGAAGUGGAAACGGAGAACACGUACGGGGAGUACGGGGAGUACGGAGAGUACGGGGAGUAUGUGCCCGCUGAGCCUUCUAGCCCCGCGGCAAGCGUCUAUUCAUCUGCCAGUGAGAGUCAGAAGGAGUGUCAAGUCAAAAUAGUCAAAGUCACCAACGUCUACAAAGUAUCAUAUCUUAGACAUUUUAUCAAACAAAAAAGACUCAGAAGAGCUUCGAAGCAAGCGCUCUUAAAAAGAAAGAUGGAAGACAUAAAGAAAUUACUAGAAGACUGGCAAAAGACGUUGAACAUGGUGAUCAACAGCAAACUGGCGAUAGUGGACAUAGACACAAACCACAUGGAGCUGGCGUCGCAGGAGGCGAUGGGCGACUUCAGCAAGCCGCCAUUGCGUGACUCCUCCGACACCGACAGCGAUAUCAGCUGGUACCCCAACGCCUUUCGCAACUCACCAUAUUGUUUUCAGGAGUCAGCGGACAUGGACAUGUCUCGCGAGUACUACGAGCCGGGCGAGGGCGAGGUGGCGCUGCAGACGGGGCUACAGACUGGGCUGCAGUCGGGACUGCAGGCAGGCCUCGAGUGCGAAUGGGGUCGGCCAAGGCUCGCAAACAACCUGUUCGUGGUGACGGAAGAGACCAGCAGCCAGCUCGCUAUACAGGAGGUGAAGAGCGAGGCGGGCGACGACUGGGACUGCAACGAUAUCGCCUCUUGUGACCUCGCUCCACUGUCGUAAUAUAAUUAACUCUCAAAUAGUAAG